AUGAAGCCAAACUCUACCAUAUGUGAAGUUCUUUUCGCCUUCUUGUCGCGUUUGCUAAAGUUUUUGAGACGCAACACCUUCUCUGGCAUGUUGUCAAAAUAUUCGAUUGCUGUUACAAUUGUUAGUGUUUUUGUGGCGUUAACCCCCACAUUGGUCCUGACUGCAGAUGAAAAGCUUAGCAAUCGAGAAUGGUUGGAAUCUGCACGCAAUGCCAAAUCUCAACAAAUACGCAAAUAUAUGAACGAGUCGGUGGAGCCUUGUGAUGAUUUCUUUGAAUUUGUCUGCGGCAAUUGGAGAACCCAUCAUCCGGCCACUGCAGCUAUUACAAAAACCCGAGCCUAUAAUAUUGCUACCAAUAUGAUAGAUCGCAAUCUGCCUCGUCUCUUGACCACAGAGGAUGAAACGGAUACUGCAGCCGAGUUGAAUAUGAAAAAUUUCUAUAAAUCUUGCAUGGCUAACUAUCCGCUGAAUGCAACUGUCUAUGGGCAGCAGAUUAUGUCCAUAGCGAAUGAGUUCUUUGAUAAUCCAGCUAUGCUGAGCUAUGAUUCUUGGCCAGAGGAGGACGAGGACGAGGAGGAGGUGGGGGAGGAAUUCAAUUGGCUGGAAACUGUGGCACACAUCUCCUACAAGUAUGGACUUACCACUAUUCUGGGUUAUAAAAUCCAAUCUGAUAUCAGUGACAAGGAUGCUCAUGCCAUCAUCCUUGUUGUUGAUAAGCCCACCAUGCCGGAUCCCUACAUGACAAAUAUUAUUUUGCAAUACUUUCUUCAGAUGGAUUUCUAUAAGGCGGCCAAGUUCCACCAAGAGAUAUUUGAAUUCCACCAAGCCCUGUGGAACAUUGCCGCAGAGAUCGACCACUACAGCGUGAUAAAAAUUGAAAAGUUAAUUGAGGACUAUGCCAACGAAAUCGACUUGAGGCAGUUCUUUAAGAUGUCCUAUGGUUCGGUGCCCAAUGGUGACAUUAUCUAUCGUCCAAAACAUUUGCAAUCCCUUGUGCAUCUACUCAACAAAACUCCACGCCAAGUGGUGGCCCUGUUCAUUUACCUUCAUGUUUUCAUGGAAUUCCAUGAAAUUUGGCCACUGACCCAGAGUACACUCAGAGCAUAUUGCCUGAAUAAGAUUAAGGAGAAUUUUCCGGAUGUGAUGAGUUUCAUGUACUAUCGCAAAUACAAUUUGAGAAAUGCCGAGCAAGGGGUGGCCGACAUAUGGCAGGACAUAAAAAUGUCUUUGGGUUUAUUACUUGAGUCUAGGAAUCUCAGCUGGUUUGAUGAUGAGACACGUGAAAGUGCUUUGGAAAAAUGGCAUUGGGUGCAAAUGUUGGUGCCCUCAUUCCAGGAUGGUACAUUGGCCGAGUUGUAUGAUGGCUUGGUCAUUACCAGCCAUGCCAACUAUGUGGAAAAUCUCAAGUCUUUGAAGACUUUUAGAGCAGCCCGCAAUAGGGCUUUAUUGAAUCAGGCACCCUCUAUGGAUCAGCAUUUGACCAUGAGCACUCCGGUUUAUUCACUAGUGGGAAAUGCCAUUUUGUUACCCGUUACCGUGCUACACACUCCCUACUUCUAUGCCAAACACUAUCCGCUUGUGCUGAAAAUGUCCCGUCUAGGCGUUGUGUUGGGCCACGAAAUUCUUCAUGGCUUUAGUGGUGGCGGCCGUCAUUUCGAUCGCCUGGGUCAGUAUAACGGCCAAGGCAAUGAUGACUUAGAAAAAGUCUACCAAGAACGUAACGAAUGUCUGCAGGAGCAAUAUCGUAAUCACACUUUCGGUGGCAAUGCUCUGUUCUUGGGUGAUCAGGAUGAGAAUGAGGCUGAUAUAGGAGGCAUUCUAUUGGCCCUGCAUACCUAUCGUCGUUGGCGUGAGGAUAAGAGACGCACUCAGGCUGAAUUGGAUUUGGAAACUUUGCCCGCUUUGAAUUAUACCACAGAUCAGUUGUUCUUCAUCUAUUAUGGCCAAACAUGGUGUGCCGAUACAUAUGAGCCGUUGCGUUCUAUGAUCGUUCAGAAUGAUAAUCAUGCUCCUGAUGAAUUGCGUGUCUAUGUACCAUUGACCAACUUUAGGGAAUUUUCGGAGGCUUUUCAGUGUCCUUUGGGUUCGAAAAUGAAUCCGUUAAAAAAGUGUGGCACUUAUUGA